UUUAAGAUUCGAAUACUACUUAUUAACGAAAGACUACUUUACCGUUCAUUACGCUACCACACCCAUAGGGUAUUUAGGUAUUUAUUUGUAAAGCCCGUUUGAUGCACACGAAAAACACUAUGCCUUUUCUUCCGUUGAAAAUUUCUUUCUUCCUAUGCACCAAACUCGGAAAUGUGAAUAUGAUUUCCUGAUCACACAUAAAUUUGACAUCGGAUCUGAAUUCCGUUUAAAAGAUUUUGAAAACCGAAACCCAUGGAUCUUCGUCAAGUCGAGUUUCGUAAACGGCAGGGCCGUGGGGUUCCGACUUCUGCGUGGCGGGAGGGAAGAGCCGAGGACAAAGAAUGGCGGCAUCGGGAGCGUGGGGGAGGCAUCCUCGUCUUCCCUCCAAGCGGUAUCAGAGGAUCGCUACCCGGAAACUCGUCGUCCGUUUCCUCCUUAUCGUCGCCUUCCUCGCCGUCGUUCCUCCACUCCUCUUCCAUUUCUGGUUGCGAAGAGCCGCCGAGGUGAAAUCGAGAAAGUGUGGUUGGCUAGAAAGUGUUCCUCUUGUUUGUGCUCAUGGAGGCGACUCCAGCAGGGCGUUCCCCAACACUAUGGAGGCAUAUCGCAUAGCUCUUCUUUCUAAUGUGGAUUGUGUGGAGAUUGAUGUUUCUCGCACUUCAGAUGGGGCUUUGGUUGCACUCCAUGAUAGGGAAUUGCAGCUUUUAUCUGGUAACUCUACCACAAAAGUUGGGCACCUGAGCAUGAACGAGAUACAGCAGCUCCGUUCAGGCAUUAAAUUUCCCAAGAACAAUCAAGAUAUAUGGGUUCCCUCUGUCACUGAGGCAUUAAAGCUGGUUUCGAAGUCAGUUCGCCAGGUUAUUCUAGAUGCUAAAGUUGGCCCUCCAUUGUAUGAAAAGGGCCUUGCUGCAGAUAUACUUUCCACUAUCAACAAGGCUGGUUGCAAUAAUUGUCUUAUCUGGUCUAAAAGUGACACAUUGGUGAGGGACGUGAUGAGACUAUCUCAAGAUGUUCCUGUUGGGUAUAUCGUCAUGAGGGAUCCAUCCACUGGUGUUAGAACUAACUUGUUACGGAUGAAAGGUUCUCAAGUUGUCGGUGUUUACCAUCCUUUGAUUGAUGAAGCACUUGUGAGAACGCUACACAGAGUCAACCGGAAAGUAUAUGCCUGGACGGUAGAUGAUACAGACUCCAUGAAAAGAAUGUUGUUUGAGCAUGUCGACAAUAUCAUAACAGGCCAUCCUACCAGACUACAACGCAUAAUGAAUGAGAUUGAAAACCAAUGCCUAGAAAAUGACUUUUUACCUUGAUCCUCUCGUCUCUCUCAACAGGCAUCGCUUCACAUCUUUUCUGUCGCUCACUGCAAAGUGAAAAAAAAUUUGGGACGUGGAUGCUGGAAAGUUGAAAAUCCAGAGGCGCCAAUUAUCAUAUCAGCUAGCUUAUAGGACAAGUGUUCUCGAGCAUUUUUCUCCUGUCUGUUCUCUAACUGGGCGUCUUCAUUUUCCUUAUGUUCAAUUUCCCAGAUCAAUUAACCGCUACCAGAAUAUAAAAGAUAUUUUUUUUUUCUAGAUCAAAGCGCUUCUUCUAUGGUAGUUGCUAAUGCUUCCAGUGGAACGUGGUUGUUGAUUUGUUAGAUUUUACCAAAACAGGAGAUGCUUCAUUUACUAUUCUGAAUUAU